AAUCAGUAGGUGAGUUUAGUCGUCAUGAAGCACCUGAAAUUUUUAAUUGGGUACUUGAUGUUUUUAGUUUCACUUGUUGAUCGCUCCUCAGUGUCUGCUUUCCCUCCACAAACUAUUUAUCAGGAAUCUUCAACAAAGUCCCAUGCCGACAUCAACUUUUAUGCAAUUUUUCUUUCAACGCAUCAAUUUCUGUUGAGGAAUAAUUUUGUCAAUGGGACUGGCAAACUUGUGAGCGAGGUAUUAGGUGAUUUUUUUGGAAGAGACCGAGACUCUCUUACCAUCUUUCAUCAAAACAUACACAAAAUAACGGAUUACCAGAAUAUAAUUCAGAGGGAGUUGGUCAGUGUCGCUCAUUACCAUGUCAACGGUGAACAAAUACUUACAGCUCACAAUUAUAUACGAUCUUUACGGAGGAGUUUGAUUGACUUGGCACAGUCCAGGCCAGAUAUCGAUAUUCUUAGAGAAAGGGUAGGACAGUGCCUGUACACCCUUCAGCAAUUCUACAGCAACACUAACUGGGUAGAACUACACGGAGACACUAUCAUUAAAGAGUUCGGUAUCUCUGCAGCUCUUUCGGUUUCUAUCAGUAAUAUUUCCGAUGAACCAUGCUCUGAUUGUCCGACAGACUUGGCAAGUUUACAAAGUGGUCUUUGUAAGAACAACACUAGAACCACUUAUUUAACCAGUGGAUACAAGUCUGAACAAGAUGUAUCCAAGCCUCCCAGCAAUAAUCAGGGCAUAGGCAAAUGUAGCCACGGCUCCCAAGACGACACCAGCAGAUUAAAAUCAGCAACUGGCGGAAUAUAUAAAGGAAGGUCAUCCUCAGCGCAUGCUCCUCAUUUUCAUCUCCAUUAUGAGGCUUUCGAAGCUGCUAAACUGGCUACAGUCUACUUUCUUUCUGAUGAAAACGAUGGUCUCUUCAGUCACCUUGGAAUUUAUCUAACAAAAGAGGUAUUUCAGAUAAAAUCUAAAAAGGAAAACAAGGAAGUAAAGGACUAUUCGAUUACGUUUGUGAUAGAUGUAACGGGAUCGAUGAGUGACAACAUAGCCGGUGUAAUACAAGGGGCGGCAUCAUUUGUAGACCAAAUUAGACAAUCGGAGCGCAUACCUGAAAAAUAUAUCCUCGUAACAUUCAGUGACCCAGUCGAUCUUGAAAAAAUACGAGUAACAAACGACGCAGAUGAGAUGAUAAGUUGGAUAAACGGCCUGACAGUAUCCGGUGGUGGUGACUGCCCUGAGUACAGCCUCUCCGGAUUAAUUGCAGGUGCAACAUUCUCGAAUCACAACUCAACCAUAUACAUUUAUACGGACGCACCUGCUAAAGAUGAAUCAAGAGAGACGGAAGUCAUCGAGAUUCUACAGAGAAAAAGUAUUACGCCGAAAUUCCGUCUGAGGCCUGAAUGCGGAACACGUCGUAAACGUGACACAGAUAGAUACAAACGUCAGUCAAGCGUCUACGAUAGCAUAGCUCAAGCCACGGGUGGGGACGUGGAAAGAUUUUCAACAUCUGCUGAACUUGCAGAUAAGGUCCAAGAAGACUUAAUGAGUGAAUUAUUAUUCAUCCAAAGCAAUUCAUCUCAAGCAAUAAGUCAGAAUAACCUUCCAUCGUCCAUCUCUAUCAUCAAAUGGAGAUAUACACACACAGAUCAACUUACAUAUAUUGAGGUGGACAAUUCGGUAGAUUCUUUGCGAAUUGAAAUUAAUGGCACAUCGAACUCCAGUGAAAUUCAUUUAAGAAAUCCAAACGGUUUGCUGGUUGACUCAGGGUCGCGGGAUGUAACCUUACAAUAUUCGGACAACCUAACCAUAUUUUUAAUUGAGUCUCCUUCAAAGGGCCUAUGGACUCUGGAAAAUAUUGUAAGCAAUCCAUUGACAAUUAACAUAACAGCCAAUAGUUCCUUUGAUAUUUCCUCAUCUUUACGAGAGAUUUCAUCUGAAGGCUUCUUUUACCCUCUAAAUGGCAAUCCAGUAUCCGGCAAGGAAUACGUCAUUGUUGUUCUUCUUGAGAAUCUACCAGCGAAUUUUUCAAUAUCUUCUAUUGUGCUCGUGGAUGAGAAAGGAAAUGCCGUUACUACAACUGUAGCAAAUCUUCUAAGUGUUACCCCGAACUUGCAGUAUUUUGCAAAAACCAAAAUAUUUAAACAGAUAGCUGGAGUUCAAAUACACGGACAAGACUCAACAAGUCAACAAUUUAUUCGUACUUGUAAACAUACAAUUAAUCCAGUUGAUGUUACACUUAAAAUGAAGCCUUUUAUUGGUGAUCUGUCACUUUCAAACUUUGAACAACUUGAAUACAACAUUACAAACCACGGAGGAAAUAAUAGAUCUUUGACUCUGGAUGUUUCCGACGACAAAGGUUAUAUCGUUGAUAAUCGAUCUAUACACUUCCAUAUUUCACCAGGAGAGUCCGAAAAUAAACAAGUGUUCAUCCUGGGAACUCAGCCAUCAACAAUCGUAACUGUAACAGCAUCACUCAAAGACGAGGAGUCACAUAUUGUACUCCAAAAGUUAUCCAAAAAGCUUACAGUGUCAUCCGCUAUUCGACCUACUUGCAACCUGACAUCAUUGGGCGAUAUUUGUCAAAAUCAGAGGGGUAAUGGCAGCAACUGUUAUGACGUUCUCUGGCAAGGAAGUGCUCAAGUAAAUUUCUCUGGAAUAAGAAUUGCGAGUUUAGAUGUGUCAAGUUCUUCUGUGAAUUUGACACAUGGUCCACUUUGGAGUUUAUACGGUCCUCUGGAAGUUACACUUAAAGGGGACUGUUGUACUCGGUCGAUAGUACUCACUGCAACUGAUAAUGAUGGUUUCAUUGCUCAGUGUAGGUUACAACUUUUCCGUGAUGAUUCAUCUAAUAACGUCAUCACCGAUUCGUCUGAGCCUAUUGACAAAAAGGAGACUGUGUUAAACUUGACGAUUCUUGGAGCAGCUAUUGGAGGAGCUUUAGCAGGAAUUGUUAUUUUCACAACGGGUGUGCUCCUAAAAAUUCGCCACUCAUCUUUGAAGUCUUCAAAGGUCAAAGACGACACAGAUAUGCAAACUGGCAUCUCAAUGGUUGAACAGUCGGAUAAAAAUAAAACAGCACAUUUUCGGACGUUUAUGUUGCGAGAAUCCAUUGUUUCCAGUACACCUACAGAGAGCUUUUUUGGUCGCGUUCACUAACAAUUCAUUAUCAUUUACUUUGAUUCUGAAAUCGGGGUCAAGAAAACAUCGAAUUUCUUUUUAGUAACGCGUGCGACUCUGAAGGAAUUUCCUUCUAAAAGUCAUUUAUAGUUAAUUAUAAAAUGCAUUUAUUGUGUAUUCACACAACACAAAUAAACAUCAAAGACAUUAAAUGCUUUUGGUACAUAGAUACAAAUUUAUAAAACUAUUUUGAGAGAUUAAAUAAAAUGUUUGAGUUUAGCUUUGUUUAAUUAUAAAUGUCCUUGUGAACAUAGUGUUUGGUAAUGUGUUCAUUUGCGUCAUAUUUCAGAAGCUGUUAUCUAACAUUGAGUACAGAUAAGAUUCAUAGUUCAACAAGUUCGUCGGUAGCACCGGAAAAACAAAAGACAUCACCAGCAUCACCACGACAAGCGAAGAAAAAAACACCUGUACCACCGCCCCCUGUGAAGGAAUGCGCAACGCCGUCAAAUCAUCCAAAAAAUAUCAUAUGAGAAAUUAUUCUUGAAACAAUUUAAUUUGACGCAAAAAUACUGCUAUUUUAGUGAUUGUGAUCAUACAGUUAACUUUUCAAAGAGAAAUAACUCUAUAGCAUCACCUAUUUUCCCAUGUUGAGUUGUAACCCCUGUAUUGUAUGUGACGCCACUAACGGUUUAAAUAAAUGUCUUAAAUGACGAAAGAGUUUUCUAUCUGAUUAAAUAUAGCCUGUGAGGACGUUACAUAUAUUUUCACAUAAAAUCUUGUAUUGGCAUAUAAUUGUUUUAGAUACGAGGUUUUGGGGGGAAGGGGUCGUUCGGUUUUUCAUGGGGGUUGUUUUCAUUUCGAAUUCAUCAUUUCGAAUCAAAGUUAGUAGUUUUUUCCCCGUUACUAACUUAUAAUAUUUUCAACAACAAUAUCGAAGAACCAAAAUCUCCUUUCAAGUUUUGUUCUGUAUCUAACAUUAUUAAUGCACCAAAAAAUCUCUACCGUCUUCGGCCUUGCUACGAGUGU